AUGUCGUUCACCAAAGCUUUCGAGGACCUCUUCAAGAGCUUCUACGAGCUCAUCGCCUCCAUCUUCUCGACAUUCUACCACAUCCUUCAAGCCUUCCUCAAUGCGAUCAUCAACUUCUUCACCGGCAUCGUCAACUUGACCGCCGACGUCUUCUCCGGAGUGGUGGAUGUGGUCGGCGGAGUGGGCAAGUUUGUCUUGGGCAACAUUGUCAUCAUCGGCAUCAUCGUGGGCGGCGGCUACGCUUACACUAGAUACACGACACACGGAAGACAGGUUGCGGCUGGAAAGAAGACGGCUUAA